CUCUCUCUCCCUCUCCGGGGUCGACGUUUCUAUUUUUUUUUUGUUUAAGUCAUGCAAAAGUUGCGUUUAAAAACAGCAGCAUUUGGAAGGAUUCCGGUUUCUUUUCCACCGUGGAGCGAAUCAAAGCUUCCAUUACGCGCGGGGAUUAACGUCGACGUCUGGGUUUGUGUUUCUCUGAGGCUGCGGAGCAUUCAGCAGAGGCUUGGUGAUUGUUGUAGGAAGUGUCAGGGUUUUUUUUUUCCCCCUCUCCUCUCUCCUCCUCCAGCCGGGCUAUUCAAACCUGCAAAUCAAAGUAAACAAUCAUUCGCAGGCUUUAAUGCAAAUAUGCCUCAUCCAUCCAGGGCGCGUCGCGGCGGCGCUGGAGCCACACGUGGAGAAUGUAUCUGCUUAUAAUAUUCAGAUCUGCAGAAUAUGGCGUCCGGUGCUUAUAAAAAUAAGACUGGGGCUGCCAUUUUUGUUUUCCUUUUGUCUGAAAUUUUUUAAUAAACUGUCUGAGAAUGUGGGAGAGGCAGGCAGGCGGACAGGAGGAGCGAGGCGCUGCGGAGGAUCGUUUCUCUCCGUGGAGGAGAUGUUGUGUGUUCGCUUUUCAAGCUGCUCCGGGUUUUUUUUUUCUUAAGAUUUGAAGAGAUCGGCUCCUGCUCCCUUCGGGGGAAUGAGGAAUAAUUCAGGAUGGCUGAACCUCGCUUUAAUAAUCCGUAUUUCUGGCCUCCACCCACUGCGAUGUCUGGCCAGCUGGAUAACCUAGUCUUGAUCAAUAAAAUCAAGGAGCAGCUGAUGGCAGAGAAGAUCAGACCGCCACAUCUUCCCGCUGCCUCAGCUCCUUCCCAACAGCCCCUGCUGACUCCCUCCAGUCAGGUAGAAAGUGGCCAGCACGGGAUGUCCAAAGCCCAGCAGAUGCAAGUUCUCCACAGCCACAGCUCAUCUCAGCCCGACAUCGCCCUGCACGCCCGUCCGACCUCCAGCUCAGUCACAGGUCGUAUUCUGGGGGACGUAAACUUGAAUCUGGACGAUAAGGCAGCUAUAAAAGCCAGAGGUUUAUGGGAAGACUGGCAUCUGCGCCAACUCAUUGAUCAUCCGUCCAGGACAAACCACGUCUCAGGUGUCGCACUGGCGUCCAGAACAGGCAACCUCAACACCUCAGAAAUCAUCACCCCCACUACGCCCACUUCAAGCAGCCACAGUCGGCUGUGCGGAGCGCCGACCCCUCACCUCAUCUCAGGGUUAGCCAGUGGCCACAUGAUGGAGCUUGGGAAAAACAACGGGGGUCUUGUAGGACUCCUCGGGCCCCCUCCAAAAGAGGAGCGAGGCCGCAAGAGGAUCAAGGCAGAGAACGGGUCUUCGCUGUUGGUGGUGCCCUACCCGAUCCUCGCCUCGGGCAACGACCAAGCCUGUGUCACCAUCACUGCCAAAGAGGGAAAGACCUACAGGUGUAAAAUGUGUCCUCUGACUUACUUCUCCAAGUCAGACAUGCAGAUUCACUCUAAAACACACACAGAGGCAAAGGCUCACAAGUGUCCUCACUGCACCAAGUCCUUUGCGAACGCGUCCUACCUGGCCCAGCACCUGCGCAUACACCUGGGUGUCAAACCUUACCGCUGUUCCUACUGUGAGAAAUGUUUCCGCCAGCUCUCCCACCUGCAGCAGCACACCAGGAUCCACACAGGCGACCGACCAUACAAAUGUGCCCAUCCGGGAUGUGAAAAAGCUUUUACUCAGCUCUCUAAUCUGCAGUCUCACCAGAGGCAGCACAACAAAGACAAACCCUUCAAAUGCUCCAACUGUUACCGUGCCUAUUCAGACUCGGCCUCGCUGCAGAUCCACAUGUCUGCACACGCCAUCAAAAAUGCCAAGGCCUACUGCUGCAGCAUGUGCGGCAGGGCAUACACCUCAGAGACGUAUCUUAUGAAGCACCUGGCUAAGCAUACAGUGGUGGAACAUGUGAUGUCCCAUCACUCGCCUCACCACAGGACAGACUCACCCAACCUCCCUAUACGGAUAUCCCUCAUCUGAUCUCCUCGCACGUCUCCUUCCUGAGAUAUUUCAGCAUUCCUCUGACGGACUUGAACCCAUGAGUGGGUUCUAAAAAUGUGCCAGAUUGUACUCAUAUCUUGUGAAGAGGUGCUCUUUUAAUGAGCGUGUCCUCCUUUCCUUUCUUGCUGACCAGAUAGUAUUAUUGGGGACAUCCAAAGAUGACUUCUCAGCACUUUCGGGCCUGGAAAUGACGGGCCCAAAAUGUCUUUUUCUAUAUGAUAGUAAAGUGGUUUUGCUCUUGGCAGCUACAUGGAAAAUCUUUUUAAACUUUCUGCGUUAUAACAGAUCACUUUGUCUUUUUUAUAUGGUCCUUUAUUUUCUUUACCCAAGUCUUUACAAAAAAGAAAAAAAGGUAUUUGCAUCAGAAAUAGUCUUCCGUUAGCCCGGUGACCAACUGAACAUAAAGAUGAAUGCUUAUACGAUGGAUGUAUAUUGUGCCACUUGUCCACUUAUGUCAAUGUUUGCAAUACCUCACAAUCACGUGGCCAUAAUAAACACAUAAAUGACAUGUUAA